CGCGAGAUCUCAUGGCUUCCGUUUCCGUUCCCCGAGGUUGCUAAGGGCCGCCUUGAGUUGCCAAGAGAGGCCUAGUUUAGGACGCAAUGGCGGAGAGCAGGUUGGAGAAGCUGGGUUCAAUCUUUACCCGGGUACAGAACUUGCUGCGUUCCGGGGCGAUGCGCAAAGCCCAGAAACCCAUCUGGUACGAUGUUUAUGCGGCUUUCCCUCCCUUGCGGGAGCCCAUUUAUCGCAAUCCUCGUCCGCUGCUGGGCAAGGUGACAGAUACGGUGCCCCCCAUACUGUACCCAGAGGAUCAGAUCAGAGCGAAAUUUUAUGACGUUUAUGGAACUGGCUCGGGUAUAUUUGAACUAGCAAGAUCGAAUUAUAUAUCUCCCUGCCAAAGGUUUGUUGAGAAAUACAAUGAACUGAAGAAACAGGGAGAAAUGGAUGAAGACCUACUGUUUGCAGAAACAGGGAAAGCUCUUUUGGCAGAGGGCCUCAUUUUAUCAAGGAAGGGCAAAAAAGUAGCUCAGAUGCCUCCUUCAGCCCUGCCUGUAUUGGAGCUUCACCACAUACUGCAGGAAGAAGAGGACUGCACAGAAGAACAGGAGCCAAAGACCGAGCCCAGCGAAAAGCCACAGGAAGGAUCCUUCCCCUCCUAAAAACUGUGGGACUCUGUUUAAACCAGUUUUACUGACUGCUAAUGUUUGGACCAUGGCACCUGAACCCUUGACAGAAAGAGCCUUGUCAACAAAAUAAUCAACAGUGUUCUGAUUCUCUCACUGUUAGGAAUGCUGAAUAUACCGUAGAAAGAUGACGAGAACUCUCUUCUCAUGGCACGCUUUGGCUGUUGUGUGCCCUAAAAUGUGCAUUUCAACUGACAAUGGAUUUGAUUAUUAAAAUCUUGCUCUGGAAACGUUA